AUGGCGGAGAAUCCUCUCGACAACUAUUCAUUUGAGGUUCGGGCUUUCGAUAAAACACUUGGGAAACGAAAAUAGAGAUAAAAUAUAAUACAGAAUAAAAAGCUUGGUUAUUUUCAGGAUUCUGACCGUUUCGAGGAUGAUUCUCAGGUGUCUUGGGAGUCGAACGAAGGACUCGGGACGCAAAACUGGCGUGGCUGGUCAUUUUGUUCAGCCGGCGGAAAAACGAUUCAGCCAGGUUUUUUUUUGUUCAUGAUUCGAAGUUGAAACUUGUAAUUUGACUUAUUGGUGGCAAUAGUUUCAUUAUUUUUGUUAUGAAUUCAGCAUUUAAUAAGUUGGGUUUGAGAAAAACAUAAUUCGAGAAUAACUGAAUGAAAAGUCUAUUACAACUUCUAUUGAUUGGUUUCUCUGGAAUGAGGUAUCAAUUUCUUUUCUGAAGUCCGGGAUAGUUAAAAAGAAUGAACAUUUUACAAAACUUUUUUUUUAUUUCAUAGCACAAUAAGCUGAAGAUUCUCUCAAAAAGUUGUAUUUUUAUUAUUUAUAAUUAAUUUAGCUAAAAUGGAAACUUUUUACACUCUCCAAAUUUUUAGUUAUCUUUUUUUCCCUUCUCUGACAGCUAUUUUGCAAGUAGGUAAAUUACGUUGAACAAGGAAUCUGGUGACUUUCAGUAAUGUUAAAAUUCACUGAGAUCAGGAAAGAAAAAUCGAAUUUAUUGGGAAAAAGAUGAAAACCUUCAGCGAUUUCCUGCAUGUUGUAUCAAUACCAUUACCCGACAUCUGGACGAUUUUCGGCAUCUUCAACGAAUACAGUUCAAAGAAGAAACGAUACGGCCAAACGUGAGUUUUUCCGAGAAAAAAUAGACUCAUCGAAAAAAGUGUUUUAUUAUUAUUUUUUUUUCUCAAAGUUCGCCCUCUCAGCGACGAAAAUUUUUUUUUCUCUUUUUCUCGGAAAAAGGAAAUAAUUUUUCAGCUCCAAAUUCCAUCAAAACCCUGUCCGAGUUGGCGGCUCGCGUCUCCGCCGAAAGACUUUCUUUUGAAGAACUGGAAUUGACCUACAGUUGCAUACUCAGCAGCCGCAAUAAUGUUCGUUUUUUUCUUUGGAAUCAAUAGUUAGGCUCUUUCCAGGAUUUACCCAGCAGCACGUUGCCGGAGAAGAUUUUCUUGAGCAUUAUUGUCCACUGCUUUCCCAAAAAGUCUGAGGAGAUCCGGAUGUACAGGUGUGUUUUCUCUAAUUCCAAAGAGUUUUUCUGAACUAUUUGAUUUUAAAGAAAGAACCAAUAAUUUAUGCUAAUACUGUUUCAUGUUGAGUUUUUUUAUAUUAAUCUUUUUUUUACGAAACUCAUUUUUCUUGACAUAUUUUAACAGGGGUAUUAUAAAUUCAACACAUACAUCUCUGGGUCUUUUUUUCUCUUUUAAAAGUUUAGAAAUCUGAUGUAGAUUUAAAAAAAUUCCAUGAAGAGAUUGACAUUAAUUGACAUUAUUUUUAAAAAUUUUGACAUUUCAAUCUUUAAAUAUUUUUAGUUUUUUCAAAUUAGUAACGUUUUUUUCCACCAAUUAGGUAUUACUUCUAUUUUACCUCAAAUUUUUUUAUUAUUCCGAAAUUUCUCAAAUAAUUCCUGAUUUCUAGUUGCCUCGCCAAUGGCAGCGCUGAGCCUUUCACUCAUGGCGAAGCCCUUUACCACGUCGGAAACGUCAAGAACGUCGUUCAAAUCGGUAAAUAUACUUGUUUAUUGAAAUCCCAACAAAAUCAAAAUAUGCAGGUUUUCUUCUGACGGCCCGUGUCGGAGACGCGAUCCGCGAUAUGCCCAAAAUCGAUAAAUAUUCGGUCGUUCCGUCGAAACCACAGAAGUCGCACAAUGUGUCUGUGAAAGUUGACAGGUUAUCUUUGAAAAACUUCUCAAUCAAAGUAUUUUUUUUUUGAGUCUUGAAAUCCUUUCAAGUGUUUUUUUUCUAAAUUCUUAUGCUUAUUUUUAAAAAAAACUGCUGUUUUUUUAAUUCAGAAGGUUUUUCCAAAUUUGAUUGCUUUUUUCGAAUGUCUCAUGAACUAAGCCUUGUGUAGAUUUUUUUCAAAUAUUAUUUUCCAGAAACUUUUUGUGCUUUCCCCUGUAGUUUCUUCCCAUUUCCAGAUGUCGAAUCGUGGCCACAGAUUGUUCCUGUGACUCUCCAUACACUUGGUGUCAACAUGUCGUCGCCUUGUGCUUAUUCCGAAUUUUCCAGCACUCUUCGGUACAAUACAGGUAGGAUUUUUAAGUCAUUUACGCUCUCAAGAAAACGUAGGGACAUGGGAAACUAGCACCUUGAAUUUGAAAUAUUUCCUCUUUUUUUUGAAUAAUACUGUUGGUCUCACUUUUUCUGCCCCAAGUUUGCUCAUAAAAUAAUUUUAUUGAUAGUUUUUUUUUUCCAGAGUAACGAUUUGGGACAGUGUUAACGAGUUAUCGCACGAUUCUCUUCGAAAAUUCGCCCAAUAUCUCAUCAAUGAACUUCCUGGAGAGGUUAAUUUCUCAUAAAACUCGGUUUUUCCGAUUUUUUGAUGUGAAAGGGUGCCAAUUUUUUUAUAGAGUUUAAACGGAAAACUUUAUAACUAUUUUUUUAUCUAAUAUAACGAUUUAUUCCUGCUUUCAGUACCUGCCAGUGGCUCAGAAAUUUCUUGAUGAAUUAAAAGACGCCAAUUCUUCUAUUAAUUUAAUGGAUGGUGCACCGGAUCCAACAGAUGGUGGCCAUGAACCGGUUGGUUUUUAGAAACUUUUCAGAAAAAAAGUUUGCUUUCGAAAAUGACAUCUCCAUCAUUUUCAGAGAUAAAAACGUACUUUCAGGUGGCCUAUUGGUCGCUGGAUGAGAGCAGUAUCCAUGUGAAUGUGAGAAAAAUGCUCUGCAGGUUCUGCGUUCCUUCGCCUUCCGUCCAUUGGUACGAUUUUCAUUUCUCUCUUUUUAUCUUUUAUACGAAUGUGGUCCAAUAUCAACUUUUCAAUUCUCACUGUUAGUUCCUUUGUAUGAUUUUCCAGUUGAAGUUUUAUAGAAUUUCAUGUUUUGUACAUUUUUAUUGAAUAUUUUCAUCCCCUCUCUUUGAGAAUAUAGUUAUUUUCGUCUCUUAACGUUUUUUUUGGUCUGGAUAUAAGAAUAGUAUAAUAAAAAGGAGGUUUCUUGACGCCAUGAAAGGGUUUUUCGAGUCAUAUUAAUAAUUGAAAAACCUAUUUGAAGGGUUUUUUUCAAUUUUUUUCCAAAUCAAAGCCAUAUAAGGUUUUUUUCACAAAGUUUUUUUAGUUAUUUUAGUAUUAUUUAAAUAUUUCAUUUUCUAAUAAAAAUGGAGGGCGUUUUUCCAAGUGUCUUCAGAGAUUCAUGGAUAAAAAAAUUUUUCAUCAACUUUUUUUAAAAAAAGUUGAAUGUAUUGGAAGAAAUUACGUAUAAUCUCGCGGAAAUUCGAACAUUUAGUGAUUCUAUUUGCAUAUCAAAAAGGCUUAAAAUUUAUGUUUUUUUUUUUCAUUUUGGAAAAUCCCAAAUUUUUCAGCGACGUUCAUUAUUUGAACACGACCCAACACCCGACAUCUGUGGAAUGGCACACGUUCACGAAACCUCUGAGGAACCGAGAACCCGAAGGUAUUGUGUUUGUACAAUAACUCAAAAAAUAAUCAUCAUUUUCUCUAUAGGUAUGUGGAAUCUGAUGGCGAUCGUGAGGGAAAUGAUGGCGAAACGAGAUGAAAAUGCCGUUUCCCUGUUGAGAGUCAUCACGGAAGAGUGCUUGUCCAACAGUCAGGUCGGCUUCAAAAAUAAAAAAAAGCAUGAAAAGCAUGAAAAGCAACUUUAGGUCCUUUUAUGGUGGUAUUUGACGAAAUUGGCACAGAGCGGAAAAUGGCAAUCGGCUCCAGGUAAAAUUUAUCGUAUCAAAAUGUUCUAGAUAGAUUUUUUCAGGAAAAAGUCUGGGAAUUGCCCAAAAUACGGCUCAAAUCAACUGUGCUCAACUUUGUGACGAAGUCGUCGCGCUGUGGAAAUGCGUGGCGAUCAAUCCGCAUGCCGAUUCUGAAUACAGAAAUCAGGUAAGAGAAUUAAUUUUAGGUGUGAAAGUCUAAGAAGAAAUCUGAAAACAAAAUAGUUGGUUUUAAUUGGAAAAUUGUUUUUUUUUCCUUAUUCUACGAUGCUUUUUGAAAUAUUUGAAGUGGACCAAGUUGCUUAGUUGUUGUUUUUUCAAUAAAAUAGCGAUUUUUCUGAGGAAAAGGUCAGGAUUUUUUACUGGAAUAAAAAGACCACCAAAAAAGUUUCUAGUUUUUCCUUUUUUUAAAUUUUUGAUGCUAACUUAAAGAAACUAGAAUUUUGUCCAAAUUUCUUUUGGAACGGAUUCGACCUUUUUCAUCAAUUAAUGCUUAAAAAUUACGAAAGUCGUGUUCCAGUUGGCCUCGUGCCUUGAGCACUACCACCGAUCGACAGUUUCCCGGAUUUGGUCGAUUAUCGGCGGCUCGACGACAGGACUCCCGCCGGACGGCCCCAUGGAAGUGACUGCUCUGAGCAAUCAUCAAGUUUCCAAUUUCUACGAUUUCUCAGUUUCAUUCUGGAAUUUGAGGCGGUCUUGGCCAUGCAAGGGAUCGUCGACGAGGAGUCCCGGCCUUUGACGGCUGCGACGGCCCGAUUCUGCACCGACUCCUUCCCGGGAUUCUGUCCGGCCAUCCAGAUUUGCCACGCCUUCAAUGAGGACCACGGCAUCGUUCCGCUUCAACCUGUCGCCAUUCUGAAUUUGACGACGGAGGAGGUUCUGAAGAAACUGAAAGUGAAGAAAUAAUCUGGGAAAUCUUCAGCUAUCCGAUCUGACGACGUUGCAACUGGUAUCGCCCAGAAAGAAGUUGAAGAAGAAUAAAAAGAAGAAAGAGAAAGGUUCGGAAGGAAUUAUUGUCAUUUUUGCUUGA